CCGUCAGAACGAUGCAGGUGUCUGUGUCACUGCUCUGUAUCGGUUAAAAAAAACCUCUAGCGCGGGAAAUCCAACGUGAUACACAUUUUUGUUUUAAUUUUUAAAAAUAAAUUAGAAUCAAAGUGUAUAUCAGUAUUAUUAUGAUUUAGAACGUAAUGUUUUUACCAAAGUAUAUUUAAGGCAUUUAUUUAGUGAUUAUUCGCAACAAAUAGUUCAAAAUGGUGAUAAAAUUACAAAUAGAUGAUAAGGCCCCGACCGUAAGUCGGAUCAGAUCCAUAGGAGCACAGGCAAUAGCAACUAUGUCUCCAAAUCUCUUGCUAUUGAACCUGGGUAUGGCCAUAAGCUUCGCUACAAUUGCGUUGCCGGAUCUUUUAAAUGCUAAAGAAGGUCUCUCACUUGACGAAACACAGGCUUCGUGGUUCGGCAGUUUAUCGUACCUAACUCAGCCUGCUGGAGCUCUUCUCUCCGGGCCGUUAGUUGAUUUCUUUGGACGUAAAAAAGGAACGUUUCUAGUCAAUUUACCACUAUUAUUUGCUUGGACUCUCAUGUACUUCGCUUGGAACUUGCCAUCUCUUUUCAUAGCCAAUGGACUGUUGGGAUUUAGCACCGGCAUUAUGGAGGCGCCAAUUAACUCAUAUGUCGGGGAAAUAAGUGAGCCAUCAGUGCGAGGUGCGUUUUGUUCCAUCACUCUGCUAUUUACAUCCCUGGGUGUAUUCGCUAUGUACUUCCUCGGGACUGUGGUCACCUGGCGAUACGCAGCCCUUAUAAGUAUAGGAAUUCCUGUUAGUUCUAUGCUCCUGGUACUUUUGGUGCCAGAAACGCCCGUAUGGCUUCUAGUCCAAGGCAAGGAGAAGGAAGCUCUAAAAGCCCUCUGUUAUCUCCGCGGUUGGACAAAACCACAGAACGUUCAAGAGGAAUUCGACCAACUAUCUGUUUACUCUAAGAACUUGAGGAAGUGCAUCAUUUGUGUCACAGAACAGGACAAGACUUGCCAACAUGAUACCAUGAACCCGAUUAAGAGGACCUUCCUAAAGUUCAGAUAUGUGAUGUUUUGUAAGGAAACAUUGAGGCCGCUCCAGUUGAUAGUAUUAUACUUUAUGUUUUACGUCAUGAGUGGUUUGACACCAGUUAAACCGAACAUGGUGAACGUAUGUGGUGCAUUUGGCAUGCCUAACGAUGGAAAACAAAUUGUGAUGAUCGUGGGAGCAAUCACUUGCAUAAGUAGCUUAUGCCUCGUAGCAGCCAUCAAACUAUUGGGCAAACGAAAACCAGCACUAAUAUCCAUGUUAAGUACUGCUGUAGCCUGUAUAGGUCUCAGCGUGUACGCUAAGAUCAACUUAGACGAGAAAGUAUUUUCCUAUGACGUGACGACAUUCCCUAAAGAGACUAGUUACACGCCGUUGAUACUUUUCUACUUGUUGGCUUUUUUCACGGGCCCGGGAAUUACUUGGGUGUUGCUGGGAGAAGUUUUUCCAUUCAGGAGUCGCGCAUCAGCUCAAGGUGUCGCCGCAGCUAGUAAUUACGUAUUCAUGUUCUUGGGGUCCAAAACAUUUAUAAAUCUUGAAAUGGGUGUAAGCUUGUGGGGAGCAUUCGCUACAUAUGCUGCCUUCGGUUUUGUGGGCACCAUUUAUCUUUACUUCUUUCUACCUGAGACCGAAGGAAAAUCUUUGCAAGAAAUCGAAACGUUUUAUAGUGGAGAACUCAGAAUAUUCCCAGAUGACCCAUUCUUUAAUUUCUUUAAAAGGCUGAGGAGAAGAUGAAGAGAACCUUAAUUUAUAAAUAAUUUAUUCAAAUAGAGCCAUAUGUGUUGAUAUAAUGAAUAUGUUUAUUUAUUUAUCCAUACUUGAUUGAAUUGUACGACAAUUAAAAAAUACUGGAGGCUUAAAAGGCCACAAACUACCAUUCCUAUUCUAUCUGAUGAUUCUCGGCUCUAGUUAUUUUAGAUAAACAAACAUUCAGAUUCAUUGAUGGUAUGUAUUUAUGUAAAUUUAUGCAUA